AUGUGGAGUUACGUUUGUUUACCAUUUCUAGUUUUGGUUUGCAACGAUAUAGGUAUAGCCAAGGCUUCCGACUCGUCGAUUUUCCUCCCUAGUCAAACCGGAAUUGGUUCUUCGAAUCCGGUUUGCUCUUCUCCGGAUCCGAAUCUGAACUACAGGCCGAUCAUCGGGAUUCUUAGCCACCCUGGCGAUGGCGCUUCUGGUCGGUUGACCAAUGAUACGAGCUCGACCUACAUCGCUGCUUCGUAUGUCAAGUUCGCCGAAGCAGGUGGAGCUCGUGUGAUUCCGCUUAUCUACAACGAGCCUGAAGAAUUGCUCUUCCAGAAGCUAGAAUUGGUCAAUGGUGUGAUAUUCACUGGUGGUUGGGCUAAACAAGGACUGUAUUAUGAGAUCGUCAAUAAAAUCUUCAAUAAAGCUUUGGAGAGAAAUGAUGCUGGAGAGCAUUUUCCGGUAUUUGGCAUUGCCCUCGGAUUCGAGCUCAUGACAAUGAUUGUUAGUCAGGACAGAGACAUUCUUGAAAGAUUUGAUUCUAAAAGCACUGCAUCAAGUCUCCAGUUCGUUGAAAAUGUUAAUAUCCAAGGAACUAUAUUCCAAAGAUUUCCUCAAGAGCUGUUGAAAAAACUCAGUACAGACUGUUUGGUUACGCAGAACCACCAGUUUGGUAUCACACCAGCAAAGUUUCAAGGCAAUCCUGCUCUGUCUAGUUUCUUUGAAAUCGUCACGACCUGCAUCGAUGGAAACAGCAAGGCUUAUGUUUCAACAGUUAAAGCAAAGAAAUACCCAAUAACUGGCUUCCAGUGGCAUCCUGAGAAAAAUGCAUUUGAAUGGGGAUCAUCUAAAAUUCCACACUCUGAAGACGCGAUCCAGGUGACACAUCAAGCAGCAAGUUAUUUAGUCAGUGAAGCUAGGAAGUCAAAAAACAGACCAGAAUCUAAGAAAGUGUUGAGUAACCUCAUAUAUAACUACAAGCCUACUUACUGCGGAUGCGCAGGGAGAGGUUACGAUGAGAGAUCAUCUUCAUCUUCUUCCUCUGAGAUGAUGUUGCGUUACGUCGUUUGGCUACCGUUCGUACUGUCGAUGUGUAAAGAUAUCAUCGUAACGGCUAAAACCAACGAAUCGCCUGAGUCGAUUUUCCUUCCUAGUCAAACCGGAGUUGUUGACGAUUCACGCGAUUUUGGUCAUCGGAGUUCUGUAUGCUCUUCGCCGGAUCCUAACCUGAACUACAAGCCGGUUAUUGGGAUUCUGAGCCAUCCUGGCGAUGGUGCGUCGGGUCGAUUGAACAAUGAUACGAGCUCGACGUACAUCGCUGCUUCGUAUGUGAAGUUCGCCGAAGCUGGUGGAGCUCGUGUGAUCCCUCUCAUCUAUAACGAGCCUGAAGAAUUGCUGUUUCAGAAACUAGAAUUGGUCAAUGGUGUGAUAUUCACUGGUGGUUGGGCUAAAAAAGGAUUGUAUUAUGAUAUUGUCAAUAAAAUCUUCAAUAAAGCUUUGAAAAGAAAUGAUGCUGGAGAGCACUUUCCGGUAUAUGCUAUUUGCCUAGGAUUUGAGCUCUUGACAAUGAUCAUAAGUCAGAACAGAGACAUUCUUGAAAAUGUUGAUGCGGAAAAUUCUGCAGCAAGUCUCCAGUUCGUUGAAAAUGCUCAUAUCAAAGGAACCGUGUUCCAAAGAUUUCCUCCAGAGUUGUUGAAAAAACUCAGUACAGACUGUUUGGUCAUGCAGAACCAUCAGUAUGGUAUCUCACCAGGCAGCUAUGAGGACAAUAUUGCUCUGUCUAGUUUCUUUAAUAUCAUCACAACAUGCACUGAUGACCACAACAAGGCUUAUGUUUCAACAGUUCAAUCAAAAAAAUAUCCAGUGACUGGCUUCCAGUGGCAUCCUGAGAAAAAUGCAUUCGAGUGGGGAUUAUCCAGAAUUCCACACUCUGAGGACGCGAUCCAGGUGACUCAGCUCGCUGCAAAUUAUUUACUCAGUGAAGCUAGGAAGUCACUGAACAGACCACCAGCUAAGAAAGUGCUGAGCAACCUCAUAUACAAUUACAAGCCUACUUACUGCGGAUACGAAGGGAGGGGUUACGACGAGGUUUACAUUUUCACACAACAACGAUCGCUUCUCUAG